UACACUAUUCACUAUUCAUCAUCACCAUAUAAUGUACGGAACUUAUUAUAGAAAGUUUAUUGGGGGCAUAACGAGAACUCAACUAGAGACUGCCAAAUUUGGAUUCUAUUUAUUAACACCAAUAUGUGUUAUGUAUUAUGUCGGUAUAGAUACUGAUAAUAAGUUUAAUUUACCGGGAUUCUGGCCUGAUCCAGCCACUUUGAAUCAAAUCCCUAAAGAACCGUAUGAAAUUCAAGCUGAAGUGGCUAGAAUAAGAAGAGCUAGAGCUGAAAAGAGAAAGAGAUUGGAAGAAAGGGCUAGAGCCUUAGGUAUAACUGAAGAUGAUGAUGAUGAAACUUCAUCAUAAAUGACUUCCUAUCACCCCAUCUUGUAUAUAUAACGAUCAAUAAGUAAAUAAUCAAAAUAAACGAAUUGAAUUUAAAUUAAAU